CUCUCUUUCUUUCUUUUGACCCCAAAGCAAAUUCUACAAAAAUAAAAUAAAAUAAAAUAAAAAAGACAUAAAAACAGAGACCAAAUCUUUCUUCAGUUCAAUCUCUUUACUAUAAAAACGAUAUUUUUUUUCCUCCAAAUCCUGUAACAGUAAAAUUUGUAUAGAUCGAAAAAGCUACAAUUUUUGUCGCUCUAUAAUGGCUGAAUUCAUGGAACCAAAUCUCGUAUCCACAAAGACCACCAAUUUCGAUGAUGCAAAGAACAACUUUGUCGACACAACAUCGAUUUUUCAGAUGGGUUUUCCUCUGGAGAGCGAAGAGAUCGUUAGAGAGAUGAUUGAGAAAGAGAGACAACAUUCACCGAGAGAUGAUUACCUCAAGAGACUGAGAAAUGGAGAUUUGGAUUUCAAUGUCAGAAAUCAAGCCCUUGAUUGGAUUUGGAAGGCUUGUGAGGAACUUCAAUUUGGACCAUUGUGUAUAUGUCUGGCAAUGAACUACUUGGAUCGUUUCUUAUCUGUUCAUGACUUGCCUAAUGGAAAAGCUUGGACUGUGCAAUUGUUGGCUGUAGCUUGUUUAUCAUUGGCAGCUAAGAUAGAGGAAACUAAUGUUCCAGAGUUAAUACAUCUGCAGGUUGGAGAUCCCUUGUUCGUGUUUGAGGCUAAAUCAGUUCAAAGGAUGGAGCUUUUAGUGUUGAACGUAUUGAGAUGGAGGUUAAGAGCAGUGACACCGUGCUCUUACGUUAGAUACUUUCUGAGUAAGAUCAAUGGCUAUGAUCAAGAACCACACAGCAGAUUGAUAUCUAGAUCACUACAAGUGAUAGCCAGCACAACCAAAGGUAUUGACUUCUUGGAGUUUAGAGCUUCAGAGAUUGCUGCUGCAGUUGCUCUUUCUGUUUCUGGAGAACACUUCGACAAAUUCUCCUUCUUCUCACACCUUGAAAAGGAGAGAAUGAAGAAGAUUGGUGAAAUGAUAGAGAGAGAUGGAUCAAGUUCAAGUUCACAAACACCCAAUAAUAUGGUCUUGCAAUAUAAGACUCAUCGCUAUUCUCUUUCUACUGCUUCUGUUUCCUCCUCCCUCACUUCUCUUUCUUAAUCUCUCUUCUUUUUUUUUUUUUUCUGUUUUCUCUCUUUCUACAGUGUCUUAAUUUGGAUUUUAAUUGAUGAAAAAUCAAAGAAAAAAAAAUGCAUUUUUCUUUUUGUAACCCGCAACAGUUGAUUAAAACGGUUUAGAAAAAUUACAUAAUU